ACAGACGUGCCCAGUCCGGCAGUGCACCCCCGCCGUUGCCUCCCCUUCCUUCCCUUCUUCGGGCAACCGUGCCACCCUCUGAGCUGGUUCGUUGGCCCUCCUCCAGCGGAGAGCAGCGAUCCAUGACACCUAUAUCCCCGACUCGUUCCCGGUCAACGUCAAGGCCAGAUAUUCGAUCGAUGACACCUCGUCCCUUGACACCAAAGCAACGUCGUUCGUUCUCUAAGGGCGGUCUCAAACCACCCUACGUCUCCGACACCGACUCAGAUCCAGAGCAUCCGAAAUCUCCACGGAAGGAGAAAAGAAAGAGAACCUUCUCCUUCUUUAGUAAACGGGCAAAGGCAAAACCGCAGCUCACGAAGGGUCAGGCUCUUCUGCAGCAGCUGCUCCUACCAUACCCACUUUCUGUGGAUUUGGAAACUCGAUCAUUGGAGAAAUAUGUCUAUCGAACACUCUACUAUAUAGCUCCACCAUAUAACCUCGAGAAAUAUUGCGGCCCUUCCUUCCAUGAAGGAUUUCUGGAACGUGGCCCAAAGAAGGCAUUGGAUGUCGGGGCGGGAUUUUGGUACUGGCUAAGGGAUGCGUCUGCAUAUUGGAAGCACACCAAGUUCGUUGCCUUCGACUAUUUUGAAUUGCCCCACUGUCAUAUUCCUAAUGACCAAUUGAAACGUAUUACCUUUGUACAAGGCGAUCUCCUAUCACGCAAUCUUAUACCGUUUCAAGAUGGAGAAUUUGACUAUAUACGGCUAGCUAAUAUGAGGCUGGCUAUCCCCGAUGCAGAGUGGGAAUAUGUGCUUUGGCAUCUGUCGAAAAAACUAUGUCCUGGAGGCAUCCUAGAGAUUGUUGACGACGGAUGGAUGCCACCUGCCGUUCCACCCGGUUCACCGGUUGAUCAUGUCUUCCUGCGGCCUUAUGAACGGAUGUUUGAGAAGAUGCUCAUAUCGAGAGGUUUCAUCUGCAAACUAAAUAUGCCCGACCAGUGGGAGGUUGUUAUCGAAGGAUAUGUGGAAAGGACGCCAGGACUAGAAUUCGUCCUGCGCGGGGUCGCCCCGGUCAUGCCGUUUGAUCUGGAUCAAGACUCAGAGCUCCGUUGGCACCGGACGUACAUGUUGGCAGAGGAUGCGAUUCGUUUUACCCUUGAACCACAGAUUGCCACAUUGCAUCGGACGUCUCCCGAUACUCCGGGCACCCUGGAAGGAAAGAUUAGAGCUUUUCGGGAAGAUUUACAAGCCAUGAGUGACCGAAUCGCCGAUCACCCCGAAACUCGGCGGUAUGACGGUUCAACGUUUCAUGUGACCAUUGCUCGAAGGAGGGCAGAUAGUCGCUUCCGAC